CCGCCGGGCAGCGCGCGGCCGGCAUGGCGGCGCCCAGCGUGUUCCUGCUGGCCGUGAGCGGCGAGAUCGAGAGCGGGGAGUUCCCGGGAUUCGAUGACCUCUACUGCAAGUUCUCCUUUGUCUACGGCCAGGACUGGGUCCCCACGGCGGGCCUGGAGGAGGGAAUCUCCCAGAUCACCUCCAAGAGCAGCGUCUCUCCCACCACGCUGGUCUGGAACUUCCCCAUCGACAUCACCUUCAAGAGCACCAACCCCUUUGGCUGGCCUCAGAUCGUGCUCAGCGUCUACGGGCCGGACUUCUUUGGCCACGACGUUGUCAGAGGUUACGGAGCUGUGCACGUGCCCUUCGUGCCAGGCAGGCACAAAAGAACCAUUGCCAUGUUCGUCCCAGAGUCCACCUCCAGGCUGCAGCAGCUCACGAGCUGGUUCACGGGGAGACGCCCGGAGUUCACAGAUCCCAGGGUGGUGGCACGGGGUGAAGGCCGGGAAGUGACCCGGGUGCGCUCCCAGGGCUUCGUCACCGUCUCCUUCAACGUGAUGACCAAAGACCUGCACAAGCUGGGCUACGACGUGGGCCAGGGACCGCAGGGGCUGCACCAGGCCUGAGCUCCCGGGGCCUUCCAGGGAAACUCCAACGCCCAACAGCACCAGCCUCGAGGAUUUGGAGUUUGGAGUGUGCAACUCCAAACACCAACCUCAAGGAUUUGGAGUUUGGAGUGUGCAACUCCAAACACCAGCCUCCAGGAUUUGGAGUUUGGAGUGUGCAACUCCAAACACCAGCCUUGAGGAUUUGGAGUUUGGAGUGUGCAACUCCAAACACCAGCCUCCAGGAUUUGGAGUUUGGAGUGUGCAAUUCCAAACACCAACCUUGAGGAUUUGGAGUUUGGAGUGUGCAACUCCAAACACCAACCUCGAGGAUUUGGAGUUUGGAGUGUGCAAUUCCAAACACCAACCCCGGAGGAUUUGGGAUGAUGUCCAAGCCUAAUCCUGUCAGUAAUGUUAAAGUAUUGUGGAAAUUGAUGUCAUUGAUAGCAUUCAGUGUUUUAUGGAUCAAUAUUGUAUUUUAUUCAGUGUUUUUAGGGGUUAGACUGUCUCAGAGUAAGGCCUGUAACAAAAUAUUUUUAUAGCAGCCUUUUGUACACCUUUUUGUAGAAUUAAUGACACAAAAAGUUUUGAUCUGUAUUAGUUUCCCUGCAGUUAAACUUUGCAAACAUAGUUUCUUUUUAAUGGCUUUUUUUUUUUUUUUUUUUUUUUUAAUUUUUAAUUUUUUUUUUUUUUGCAUUGCAAAUGAGGAAUUGAAAUUAUUGCACCUUCCCAAAAUGGUCCUGUGAAAUGCAUUCCCCUCUGAGCUCUUUUAGGCUGAAUAAACUCUGUUGUAUCAAUAGA